AUGUAUUCCUAUAUGCAGAGAAAUAUUAAUAAAAUAAAUAAUGUCAAGAAUAUUAUCCUGAAAAAAAAAGAAUGGCUGAUAAAUUCUCAUAUGGUUAAUAACAACAUCGAAAGGAAUGAAAUGUGUUUAAGUAAUAAUGAUAAUUCAUUUAUUCUUUUUAAUGAAUCCUUUAUAAAUAUAUUAAAUAAAAAUCAAAUUAUUUAUGAAAUGAGACGUGAUAGAGGAGGUACUGUAAGAAGAAAGUUGAGUAGAGAAAAAAAAAAAACACAAAAGAAACAAAAAAAAGAUAGUACCGAUGUUCAUAAAUAA